AUGACAAGCUCAUCAACUUAGUUGAAAGGCACUGAAGACAUCAAAGCUGUGAAAUGUAAUGAAACUUUAUUCCCUUGGAAAAGUAAAGGUGAAAAAAUCAAUAACUAUUAUUGCCCAGAUCUUGAACAAAUUGAAAUAUAUGGUUAAGAAUCAGGCACAAAAUCAAAAGAGCUUUUACUUGUAGUAUCAUCUUGUUAAAAAGUUGCAAAAGAUCCCACAACUGAAUGCGCAACUCCAUAGGAAAUUUAAAAUCUUAUUUCUAACAUUUACAUAGAUGUGGCAAUGCUUACAUAGUACUUUGAUCCCAAUAAAUUCCAAAAGACAAAUCCUUUCAUUACCUACUACUCUCAGACAAGAAGAUAUUUGGUCAAGGAUGAGUAUAGAUUAGUCCAAUAUCGUGUAAAAAGAAGUUCUGUAACAGUCCUUGAUGAUCUAAUCAGUUUCUUUUGGAAUUCAGGUACAGACCCUAAUAGUGUAGAUUACUAAUUCUAUGAAGCUAAGCAAAUUGAUACACAGACUUUUGAUCCUAAUGUAACUCGGUUUGUUAAACUCGACAUUUUAAAUAUUAAAUUCACACAGGAUUAGCAAAUCACUCUUAUCACCGUGUAAGCUCCAACAAUCACAGGUAUUAUCUCUUCUGUUGGUGGCUUCUUUAGUUUAAUCAACAUGCUGAUUGGUUAUAUGCUAUACAAGUUUUAAUGCUUUAGAUAUGAAGCAUCACUAAUGAAAAGAUUGUUUUAUGAAGAUAAGCCUGUUAUCAAUGAUGAAGCGAGUGAUGAUGAAGAUAGUACUUUCAAAAUCACAAAACAUAGUCCAAAUGCAUCAUAAAUAAAAAUGGAUAUCAAGGAGACAUUAGUUAACAGCUUUGAGAGUGAGGAUGGAGAAGAAAUCUGGGAUUGGUAUCAGUUUUACUUCAUAAAGAUAAUGUGUUGCUGCAAAUUAAGGAAAGAGAGGUUAAUCGAAUAAAGGGAUAGAUACGAGAGAGCUAAAGAGAAGCUAUACUAUGAUUUAGAUAUCCUUGAAAAUAUAAAGAUUAUUAGGAGCUCAAGAUUCUUGAUAUAAACUUAACUUAGAAAGUAUCAGAGACAACUUAUUAGAAAUUUCAAAAUCUAUAAUGUGGAUCAUAAGAGUAUAGGCAAAAAGCCUCCACAUAAUCUAAAGAAAGCUCUUGGUAAACUUGAUUUGAAAAAUAACAACAUUGAUAAAAAGAUAGCCUAUAAAAUUACUGAGGAUGAGGAUCAAGUUCAUCAUUUGUAGCUUACUAAUCCCAGAUAUAGGCACUCUACUUAUGCUUAGCUUUUGUGA